CAUGCCUUUCACAUUUAGCUCGAGUCAGUUUCCUGAAAGCUAGCCGUCCAUCGACACAGCAUACUUCUGUUUCUCUGUAAGGCCUAAGUUUCAGUUAUGGAGAAGCCUGGAUUCACUCUGAUUUGGCUCCUUCCUCUUUCGAUGACCAUUGGACAAGCUGCUGCUAUGGAUGGUGGAAGUCAAGCGUACGUCUGCUAUAUCUUGGAUGCUAUUUUGUUUGUCUACGGACUUGUCCUGACCGUCCUUUACUGCAGGUUAAAGAUACUGCAGGAACUUUCAAAAAAACAGGCUGCUGCAAAGAAAAAAGCAUCAGAGGGAGUCUACGAAGGACUUUCACAUCGUACUCAAGAUACCUAUGAGUCCAUUCAACUGAAGAAGACAUAAGCAUAAGAUGGACAUGUGAAAGAAAAAAAAAAUAAAUGUAAUGCUUUAUUUUUCCUUUUAUUUUUAGCAAUAUUUUAUUUUUUAGCAAAAACAAACAUAUCUAAUUUUACUAAAAAGCUUAAUAAUAAUUAUUUGCAAAUCAUUUGAUGUCUUCAUAUUUUGAAAAGUAUACAUUUAUUUGAAGCAAAGUAAACAAUUUCAUGAGAACAUGAAUGUUAGAAAAGUAGAAUCAUAGAAAGUAAUAUUAAAAGCUAUUGGGAAAUCUGAGAAAUUAACAUUUUUGUUCUAUGAACAAUAUGUCUUUUAUGCUGAUUAACUGUACAUUUAUGCACUCAAUGUCUUACAUCUCUGCGUUGUAUUUUUCGUUUAUACAGCCUUUUUAAAAGGUGUGUGCUGACUUUGUAUAAUUGCAAAAUUUAUAUAUAUAUUUUUUUAAAAAUGGCUACUCUUGCUAUGUUUCUCUUCUGCAAAGUUGUCUCACACUUCUGUGGUUGCUAUGGCAACAAUCAUUUCUUGCAACCACAGUGUUCAAUUAACUUCCUGUUGGGUUACAGAAAUGUACAAUUGCAAAUAAACUAAAGCAAUUGUGAUAUAAAUAUAUGAUAUAAUAUGUAUAUAUAUGAUAUAAUAUAGAAUAUAAAUAUAUUUAUAUACAAAUAUAUAUUCUGUAAUAAUAUAAAAUAGGUAUUGAUUUCUGCAUAAUGAGACCUUUAAUGUUAAUGCAGUUAUGACAUUAAGCACGAGAGAGCAGCGUUUAUGCACAUUUGUUACCACUAACAUGCCUUUACGACACCUUAACCUGUUAAUCAUUAUUAAUUCAACUAUUGAAAUGCUGUGUUUGUUUACCAGGUUUCUGACCCAUGCUUACAUGUUUAUGGUUCUCUGUUAUUUAGUAUAAUUCAUUUGUAUCCAUAAUUCUCUGUCUUGUAUUAUUUUCUUGCCUCAUUUAUUUCAGUAAAAUGUAUCUACAUGCAUUCAGGCUGUUGAGCCUGUUUCUUGUAAGCCAAUAACAAAUUCAUUUACAUAUUUUAUACAUAUAUAUACAUAUUAAAGCUUGCUGUUUUACUAUUA